AUGUCGUUAGUACAUCUGCCAAGAGUGACGAAACAUUGGAGUAGUAGUUUAGGAACACCUCUAGUAAAAGACACAAUGCCGGGCUACAAAAUCUAUGUCCUGAGCAGCGUGAGCGGGUUUGCUUACAAGUUCGAGCCAGAAACUGGAGCUGAAAAUGUAGUUGGACCCAAUGAGCCGAAUCUGGGUGCUGCAGCAAAUGUCGUCUUCAGGCUAGCUCGUGAAAUAUCACACAAUCAAAAUUACCGCCUAUAUUUUGACAACUACUUCACAUCCCUGCUACUACUAGAAUAUUUCGCUAAACAAGGAAUAUUGAGCUUGGGAACCAUUCGACGCAACCGAAUACCUGAUUGCAAACUACCCGCAGAAAAAGAAAUCUCCAAAAAAGAACGUGGCUAUUCAGUCGAGUAUGUAGCCUGUGUCCAAGGAACAGAUAUUUCUACAGUGGCCUGGAAGGACAAUAAAAUAGUCACACUUGCCUCCAGUUUUGUGGGCGAACUACCCAAGUCACAAGUAUCUAGAUACGAUAAGCCCCACAAGAGGUACGUAGAUAAUGACCCUCUUGCUCUGAACUUUGAAUCAGUGUGUGAUCAUAAAAAGGGGAAAUUUAAAUGCCAAACUUUAACAAUUAACGAAAUUGUAUAUAACCGCAAGUUGUUGUAUGAGAAAGCUAGCAAAAAUGAACAAGAUGUAUACCUAGUGCGAUUUAUAACACCGUGUCCAAUUGUGAGGGAACGAUCGAGGGUCACAUCUAUGAAACCUCAGAGAAAUAAAUACUUUGUGACUUUCUUUUUUUUUUUGAGAGAUUCAAAACGUAUUGUUAAAGUGUGCAAGAAGUUUUUCUUAGCUGCAUUAGGUCUUGGGAAGCACAGAGUGAAUACCAUUGCUAAUAAAAUAUAUGAAGGGAAAACGCCCCAUGACAACAGAGGCGGCGAUCGCAAAAGCGCUCAAAGUUUAGAGAAAAAAGAGAGUGUGAAAAAGUUUCUGGAUGCAUUGCCAGCUAAAGAAUCACAUUAUAAUAGAAAAAAAUCGAGGCGUGCUUAUCUUUCUUACGAGUUGAACAUAAGAAAACUGUGGGGAUUGUACAACACCGGCGUUGAUGAUGAUCUUAAAGUGACCGAAACAAUGUUUCGACGUGUUUUUGAAAAUGAUUUUAAUAUUGGGUUCUCUUCUCCAUCAUGCGAUGUCUGCAGCACGUGUGAAGUAUUGAAAAAUAAACAAAAAAUCGAAAAAGAUCCCCAAGAACUUCAAUCACUAAGAGUACAGAUUCGUGUUCACAAAAUAAGAGCUAAAAGAUUUUUUGAACAAACGCAGCAAAUUCUUUGA